CCCCGACUGCUCUACCGGCGAUAUCGUAUGAAAUUGCAACGAAAUGGAUUAUCAAGUAUAGGCAAGUUUAGAUAAGAUUAUUUUGAGUGUAUCAAAGUCUUAUUAAUUUUAAACGGUACGUUGUAAAGUGCUUUGGUGAACAUCGAGUAAGAUGUCUGGUUUUGAUGAGAAUCCCUUCGGGGAACCGAAUAUCAAUGAUCCAUUUUCGGAUCCUGCAAUUAAGAGAGCCGUAGCCUCUACACCAGCUAGUAGAGGUUUGGAGGAUUAUAAUCCUUUUGCAGAGCAAGGCACACAAGGGACUGGACAAGUUAGAGGUGCUGCAAAUCCUCCAAUUUAUGAUGGAAUUGGAACCACCCAGCAACCAGCGACACUUUUUCCAUCCGUUCCAAAAACUCCACCACCUCCAUAUGCUCCUACUCGGCCAACUGUUAAUGAAACAGAGCCAGAAUUGAAAGCAAGUACAGAAGACAUGAGAAAUACCCUAUAUUAUCCAAAACGGAACAAUUGGCCACCUUUGCCUGACAAAUGUUGCUUCCAACCUUGUUUCUACCAAGAUAUAGAGGUUGAGAUUCAAUCAGAGUUCCAGAAGGUGGUCAGGCAACUGUAUCGUUUAUGGAUGUUCCAUGGCUGUGUGUUGGUCUUGAAUGUUAUUGGUGGAUUUAUAUUAAUAUUAUGUAAUGAAAAAUUCUCAACGUUCGGUCUUGGAAUAUUAUUCCUCAUACUGUUUACACCGUUCUCCUUUUUAUGCUGGUUUAGACCUGCAUACAGAGCUUUCAAAAAUGACAGCUCGUUCAACUUUAUGGUAUUUUUCUUCGUAUUUUUCUUUCAAUUAAUUGUAACAGCGAUCCAAGCCAUUGGUAUUCCCGGUUUUGGAACUUGCGGUAUAAUAACGGCAAUUACAAUGUUUGACUCAUCGGUCAAAGGAAUCUUUGUUGGCCUUGUACUACUCUUUGUUGCCUUUUGUUUUGUUCUUGCCGCGUGCGGUGAUUUCCUACUAUUGACCAAGAUCCAUCGUAUUUAUCGUUCUCUUGAUGCUGUGAGUAUGUCGAAAGCGCAACAAGAAUUUGCUACAACAUUUUUGCGCAACGAACAUGUGCAAAAUGUAGCAAGUGAUGUCGGUGAAAGAGCUGUCCGCGCCCAGAUGGCUAACGCUGCUAAUCAACCACGCUAUUAAGAUGAUUACGCAACUCUACAGAAUUUAUUCUUCAGGUAUCCUAACCUCUUACCGCUCAGUAAACCGAUAGUUCUUAGUUUUAAUGCAUACAUGAAACUAUAAUGUUUCACGGAAAAUCUAUUCUUACAUUGAAAAGCUGUAUUUACCUAUUUAGAGUCAUUAUUUUAUUAAAUACUGUAUAUGCAUGCUUUUUUUAACGAAACUGUAUAAUUUAUUGAUCGAUUCAUAAAUACGAACCCAUACUUUUACGAAAGCUUAAAAAGUAACGUGUAUUAUUUUUUUUUCCGCAAUAAUAACUUCAAAUGUGAUUAUCGCGUAAUGUGCGUGUCAUCUAAUAUGCAAAUUGUAUGCCGCGUUUCGUUUUUAUUAACUAACGAAUGUCAUCAAAUUAUUUAUCAUCUAAUAAGAGUGAGCUAUUAAUAACCAUAUCACUAAUUCUUGUAUUAUUGCUUCUAUAUACAUAAAUAUAUUUGCUAGUUUUUUUACUUUAGUGACAUUAUUUUAUGAUGUUAUCAUGUUGUGGUUUAUUAAUGAAAAGCACUCGGUUUGCUGAAAAUCAAAAUAACUUGAAUGGUUAUGUCCAUUAGUAUAGAGUUAAUUUCAAUUGUUGAUCGAUAUGCGUUAAUUUAAUUAUCUAUUAGACACAUAUUAUUAAUGUUCUCUAUCUACUCCUAAAUGUCCUAUACAUUCCUUGCAUUGUGUAUUAUAUGGCCUUUCUUUAUUAAGUACUUGUUAUUUAGGUCCUUAAAGUAUUAUAUCACUUUGUAAAGUUUAAGGUAUAUACAUAUACAUGUAAAGGAUAUUUUAAAAUAUGACUUUUACGCAUGUUUAAU